AUGCAUUGUGUAGAUGAAGUUGCAGCGGAGCAUGUAGGAGCGGACUGCAUCAUGCACUACGGGAGGGAUUGCCUCAGCCCGUCCAGAAGACUCCCUCUGAUGUACGUGUUUGAGGAGACGUGUGCCUCCUCCUUCAGAAAGCUGUACCCCGACAGACAUCACAUCAUCCUCCUGUACAAUGUCAACUAUGCUCACAUUAUUGAUGAUCUUCUGGAACUUCUUUCCUCUGAGUAUCCGAACAUUGCCUCAACCCUUCAUGUGGACGGAGAACUUUGCUACAGUCACAGACAACACAAUGACAGCAGUUCUCCGUGGAAAUGAAAUGUGAAAUGUGGACAGACCGUUGAGGACUACAGUGUGUUCUUUAUCGGUCACGAAGGUGCAACCAUGACAAACUUCAUGAUGACUUGGUACCGCUGCCCUUUCUGUUCUUUUGACCCAGUGACAAUAGCAGGUUCAAUCAGUAUCAACAAAGCUUUGACGAAGCCAUAUAACGCAAUAGAGCGAACAAAGGAUGCCAGUGUGGUGGGCAUUCUUGUGGGCACAGUAGGUGUGGCAAACUACCUCACCACCGAGCAGCUGAAAGAAACCAACCACAGAGCAGGGAAAAAGAGCAACAUGUUUGCCAUGAGGAAACUGAAUCUGGCCAAACUGGCUAACUUUCAUGAGAUUGACAUUUAUGUACUGAUCGCAUGUCCUGAGAAUCUAUUGGACUCCAGUGAGUUCUACAAACAGGUCGUGACCGCCUUUGAAAUGGAGGUGGCCUGCAAUAAGAACAGGGAAUGGUUGGGAGAGUAUGUCACAGACUUCAGGGAUCUCCUUCCAGGUGGAUGCAAGCAUGUGGCCUUGGCGAAUCCUGACGACCUCAAGGAUGGUGAUGAGACUGAUGUCUCCCUCCUCACCGGAGCUCUACGAACGACCCGCUUCUUGUGCAGUGAGCCAGUGUCUUCCUCACGCCACUCCUCACUAGUCAUACGGAACCAGACGCUCACUGUGGCCACCGCUAACACAGCUGCCGCAUUCCUGGCGGGCCGUAGCUGGCAGGGACUGGCAGAAACACUGGUGGUGAAAGCAUUAGAGGGAAGGAAAGGCAUUGCCUACGAAGAGGAGCUGACGACUGACCAGGACCAUUUGUCAUGA